AUGCCUGCUGUCCUAGACAUGAUCCGAGGCCGCAAAGACGGUCGCGUCGCGCACGACAUUGCGACGUCUGGAGUGCCAGAGGCCGACGAAAAGACAGGAACGUCCAAUGUCGCGCCAUCCAAUGACAACUCGGACAGCAUCAGCCUGGAAGAGAGAAAUGAACAGGAAAUUAGCGAGCAUCCUGAUUCCGUGACGGCGGACGCGCAAAUUGGUCAAAGAAAAGCCGAAGCCGCCGCUCUUGUGUGGUCGCGCAAUGCCGUGUUGGCGACCUAUGGCUGGAUAUGGAUAUGUUUCUUUAUGCUCGCUCUCCAGCAGUCCAUCCUGAGCAACGUCAUGUAUUUGGCGUACUCGGACUUCUCCACCGCCCCAGAAAUCACCACUGCCUACAUCUUGUCUGCCAUUAUUGGUAGCGUGCUGAAGCUGCCAAUUGCAAAGAUGCUCAACUUGUGGGGUCGCGCCGAGGGUUUCCUGGUGUUUGAGGCAGUCUACCUGCUCGGCAUUGUUGUUAUUGCUGCUUGCAAGGAUGCCAAUGGAUUCGCUGCCGGUUAUGUCCUGUACUGGAUUGGCUAUGAUGCCAUCUACUUCAUCAUGGACGUCUUUGUGGCCGAUACCUCUGGACUGCGGAAUCGUGCCUUUGCCUUUGCUUUUGUCAGCACGCCAUUCAUUUGCACUGCAUUCACUGGACCACUUGCUGCCCAGUCUUUCCUCACCAUGACUACCUGGAGAGUCACGAUUGGCUCAUUUGCUGCAAUCAUGUUUUUUGCUUUCACCCCUCUGGCUAUUAUAUUCAAGUUCUUCCAAAUCAAGGCUGCAAAGCAAGGCCUGUUUACGAGGACUCCCAGUGGCCGCACUACCUGGCAGUCAAUUCAGCACUACUUUCACGAGUUUGAUAUACUCGGGGCAUUUCUCCUCAUUGGCGCCUUUGUCUUGUUCCUGCUGCCUUUUAGCCUGAGCAGUUAUGGUCGUGCUGGAUACAAGUCGGCAACCUUUAUCGCCAUGGUUGUCAUUGGCUUUUGCCUCUUUUUCGUCUUUGCUGCUUGGGAAAAGUAUGGUACCAGGACUCACUUUAUCCGGUGGGAGCUGUUCAAGAAGCGCACGGUUCUGGGCGCUUGUUGCCUGUCUGCCAUCCUCUACUACAGCUUCUACAGUUGGGACACUUACUUUUACUACUUCAUCAUGGUUGUCUACGAUCUCAACAUUUCCAACACUGGGUACAUGACGCAGAUCUACAAUAUUGGAUCUUGCUUCUGGGGAGUUGUCUUUGGUUUCUAUAUUCGCUGGACCAAGCACUUCAAGUAUGCCUGCUUGUUCUUUGGGUUACCACUCAUGUUCCUCGGUGCUGGUCUCAUGAUUCGCUUCCGUGGCGAGGACGCAAACAUUGGCUACAUUGUCAUGUGUCAAAUUUUCAUCGCCAUCGCUGGUGGCACUCUGGUCAUUGGCGAGGACAUGGCUGUCAUGGCUGCUGCUGACCGUGAUGGUGUACCCAUGAUGCUGGCCAUCCUGGGCUUGUCUUCUGGUCUUGGUGGUGCGAUUGGUUCCGCCGUCACUGCAGCUAUUUACAGCAACACAUUCCCUGCUGCAUUGCUCAGUGCUCUGCCUGCUGAAACUCAAGGCAACUGGACUGACAUUUACACUGGCGGGUACCUUACUCAGCUGACAUAUCCAGUCGGCUCCGAGACUCGCGACGCCAUCAACUAUGCCUGGGGCGAGAGUCAAAAGCUCAACUCCAUCUCCGCCACCUGUGUUCUUAUUCUUGCUAUCCCUGCCAUUGCCAUUUGGAAGAAUUACAAUGUGGACAGGAAGCAAAACAAGGGUACAGUCAUUUAG